CUUACCUAAAAUAGAAAUGGGAAGUUUAUUUGUGGACGGACGAAAAAGGAAAGUGAAAAGUUUUUUUAUGGACGGAGGGAGUAUAUUUUUUUUAUUAUUAUUCAUUCAAGCACCAGACUUUGAUGUAUACUUUAAAUUAUGAAAACAUAUUAUAAUAAAUUUAUGGAAAAUUUUUCUAAAAUAAUUCCAACUUUCACUCGUCUUCUAAAAUUAAUCUCAACUUUAUCUUUGUUGUAUAGUAAGCCGAACCUCUUCGCUUUUUACCUGUUUUGGGCUUGCGUCUACUUGCUAACUUUAAGUUAACGGGACUUUGAUAUGGCUUUACACGUGGAUAAUAACUUUACCAUGUAAUUAUCCUUAACCCAUGCUCCAAAUUUGAAACAGAAGAUAAUAAAUUACCGGUGAAGAGCCCUAGCUCCAAGAUGUAGAAGACACAAGGGUUUCUGUAGUUGUGCACAUGCGAAUAUUUUUUUCUAUUGAAGGUAAGCCUUAAUUUGUGCUUUUAACCUUAUACAUAAUUUAGAUUGGUUUUUUUUUGUUUUCAGAUUUGCAUCUAGGCAUCGGAAGGUUUCACUCUUUUUGAGUUCUGAGAUGAAGCUCGUAUGCAAUUAUGGUGGGAAUUUGAAGCGUGGACGCACUUUAGAGUAUGUCGGAGGUAACACAUGUGGUCUAAACGAUGUAGAUCCGGAUAAAAUUGGUUAUUUUGAUCUUCUUGUGAUUGGGCAAAAGAUUGUGGAGAUUAUCCUCCUAUUUCUGAGUUGUAUUAUGCGAAAUCUAGAUGUGAUUUGGGUAAAGGGUUGAGUAGAAUAUAUGGUGACAAAGAGACAGUUGAAGACUAAAACUAUAUCUAGACUAAAACUAUACAAACCAUUUUUUUGUAUGUUGUGCACCAGACUGAAUUUUUAUCUACUUGUGCCUCAAACCGUAAUAGAAGAGGUACUAGUCUUCUUGUUGAGAAAAUUCAACAGAACAACAGCCCUAAGAAAGUAAGAAGACUAAAACUAUAUCUACAUUCUGCCCAUCACAUUUUAUUGAAGAAGAAAUGGUUCAGUCUACAGAAGUUAACAUUUCAGAGGAAGAUUCACACGAGGAGGAAGAGGAAGAAGGGGAUGACAUUGAAGAGUAUACAAGGAUUAUUAAAGGGAAUGCAAUUGAGACGUGUUGAGGACGAGAUAUUGGGGUCUUCUUCAAAGAGUAAUAUGAGAGAUUUAGCAGAGGAGAUGCCUGCUGAUGAGGUACUAUUAAUUAGGGUCUGACAGUGACACUAGGAAUGCUAGAAGAAAGUUCAAUGAUUGGCAUGACAAAGAAAAUGCAAAAGUGGAUGGAAUUGUUAAGCUCAUAAUACAAACUCCAAAUCCAACCUUAGGAGGAGGUAGUAAGAACCUUGGGAUGUUGUAUCAGAGUAUGAAGAUUCUGAUGAGUAUGCUAACACCCCCGGAGAGAGUGAGGAAGAUGUCAUUCGUGAAAAAAAAAGGAAAAAGUCAGCACCCAUUAUUGAUGCACUUACUGAUUUUUCAAACUUAGUUUGGCAACCAGGAAUGAGGUUUCCUAAUAGGGAAUUGAUUAGGGAUGCAGUGUGAAGGUAUGGAAUAUUUCAAGGGAGAAACCUUGUGUUUAGUGUUAGCAACAGAAAUAGAAAUGAAAGGUUGGGUGCAAGAUGUAUUCAAGGAUGUCCAUUUGAAAUAGUAGGUUCUUGGCAUUCCUGAAAAGGUGUGUUUGUGGUGAAAAGAGUGAAAAUCAGACAUGCUUGUUAUAGAGACAUGAAAGGUAAUAGCCAACUUGGUUCUAAAUGGAUAACAAAAGAAUUCUUGGAUGUUUUCAAGGCCAAACCCCAUUGGCCUGCAAAAGAGAUUCAGGAUGCUGUAAAAGAGAAGUUUAAGUACUUCAUCACAAGGUGUGUGGCAUACAGAGCUAAAUGGUGGGCGCAUAAAAUGCUUCAUGGGUCAAUGAAGGAGCACUAUAGGAAGUUACCUAUAUAUAUGGCAGCAUUACAUUUGUCUUCUCCUAACACCAUCCUUAAGCUUGCAGUCAGAAACAUAUGGAAAGGCCAAGGCAUACAUAGAGUUCAAGUUGGUGCUCCUAAAUUUAGAAGGCUGUUUGGUUUGUUGAAAGCCGUUACUGAGGUUUUCCCCACUGCUGAACCAGCUAAAGUUCCCAUGAAGAGACCAAGAGGAAGACCAAGAAAAGGUGUACAACAAGUUGGUGAAGUCUUGGACAGUUCACAAGCAGGGGUGCACCAUAGAACUGCUGAACCAUCAGUUAGGGAUGCCUGUUGGAUAUCGUGUUUACUACAAUGAAGGCGAUGGAGGCAUGUACAUCAACACACCUGGACAAACUCAACCUGUACGAAUAUCAAACAUUAUAUACCCUCACCCGCUCAAACCUCGCAAGAACCACCAUCACUGUCACGACAAACAUGCUGUUUCCUGAAGAACUUGAGCAUGUUUCUUUCUCUUGUGUUUUUUGUUAUGUUUUUCAGUGCUCUGUAAUCAAACUUUAUUAAGCAUAUGCACUUAGAUUAAGAAUGAUUUCAGUGCUUUGUAAUCCCAUCAGUUUUUCAGUAAUGUUUUGGAUGUCUAGAAGUGACAUUUGUGUACUAUAUGAGUGGUUUAAUAACUUUGCACUCCCAUU